GGUCAGGCUGGGUUGCAGAGGUCUGAGUCUUGCCUCUGCACUUCUGACAUCCCAAACACAUCUUUGCUCACUGGAAUACCGAUAAUAAGUCCCUGGACAGCUCGAAGAUAUCUUUGAACCAAGAGAUAUGUCAGAUGCAUUCGAUGUUAUUCCAUUUGAGGAUAUAAAGGGUGAUUGGAAGAAACUGGGCUCAGGAUCAUUUGGAAACGUCUACAAAGGCUCAUACCUCGGCAUCGAUGUAGCGAUCAAAGAGGUUCUUCCUUCGAGCAGCUAUGACGUUGCAAAGUAUUUCGAGAGAGAAUGGAGACUCAUGAAAGAAGCUCGUCAUCCCAAUGUCGUCCUAUAUCUAGGUCUUUCGCGUGCACCACCUCCAGACAAUCGUAUCUUCAUUGUCUCAGAAUAUAUCGAGAAUGGUAAUCUGCGGAUGUAUAUUCAUGACAAAAACAAGCCUUUUCCCUGGAGGCUUCGGUUGUCCUUCGCUACUGAUAUCGCCCGUGCACUUGCCUAUCUCCAUGCCCGCAAAUGUAUCCACCGUGAUAUCAAAGGAGAGAACCUUCUUGUUACGUCGAACGGACGGCUAAAAAUCACAGAUUUUGGAUUUGCGCGUAUCGCCGCACGUAACGAAGAAGAAAGCAAAAGGCUCACUUUUUGUGGAACCGACUCUUAUAUGUCUCCUGAAAUUCUUCUUGGUGACGAAUUCGACCUUCCCACUGAUAUAUUUUCUCUUGGAAUCAUCUUUUGUGAGAUCGCUGCUCGCAGGCUUGCCGACGACAAUCAUUUCAAGCGCUCUCCACCGUCAUUCGGACUGGACAAGGACGAAAUACACAAUUUGGCUAGUCCAGGAUGCCCACCAGCGUUUCUUGAUCUUUGCAUAGACUGUCUAUCAGAGGACCCUGCUGCGCGCCCAACCACCCGUGUCAUACUCGAUCGCUUGCGCGUGAUUGAAGCCGAAGUUCUUUUGCGUCCAGAGGCAGACGAUCUCCAUGUUGGAAGUAUCAAAUUCAUAACAGGCGGAAAGCGUCCGGGUGCUCCGCGGAUACCGAGCUUUGGAAUGGGCAUAGGGAAAGGCAUCAGGGCUUCGACCCACGUGGAAGAGACCCUCGCAGCUCUCUCUAGUGGAGAGGAAAGCAGCGAUGACGAGUUGGCGGAAGCGAUUUCCGGAAUUGAUGCUAGCUUGCACUUGAACAGCGAUUGGAGUGAGGCCACCAACGGACAUAGUGAUAAUGGUAGUAGCAAGCCCUUAUUAGAUAGCACGUCGAGUACAUACUCUGAUUACAGCGUAAGCAUGAACGGUGGACAUUCGCCCGACCCCACCAUCACCAUGCCUCCGUCACUGUCCUCCAUCCUUACCGUCCGGCCUUCACCAGACCUAAACGGAGCUGCAUGCCCUGUGACUCCUGGCCUCAUAUCUACGGAGGACAGUAUGCCUACGGCCACCACUGAUUCGAGACUAUCUGUGCAAACAUACCACACCGCUCACUCUUCUGUGCUAGCAUCGAUUGCUGCCGCCACGGAGGGCAAUUCAUCUAUACGCUCUCUGCCUCUUGUGCAUCGUUUCACACUCCUCAAGCCAGGCACUAAGCGUACAAGUGGCAAUACGUCGCCUGCGCGCAAUGCUGAAGGCGGUUGGAAUCCCCUCGACUUGUUCUUCUCUAGCGGUCUUCUGGUUCAGAAAUGCGACGUCUGCACCAAAAGGAUUGGCUGGAAGCCUGUUCUCGAAUGUGAUGACUGUGGGUUAAGGACCCAUGUUAAGUGUGGUGAGAUCGCACCUCGGGACUGUGGUACUCGACAUUUGAGACCUGGCGUUCACCAUUCCCUCUACAGCGUCUCACCUCUGUCGAAAGCCAAGCAUAAUGCGAAAACUUCUUCCCCCGUUGCUUUUCCCCGUUAGAGUUGUCUCUGCAAAUCCAUUGUGGAGAUAUCCUUACGAUGUUAUGAAUCCUUGAUGAAUAAGUUUGGAUCUGCUGGAAGGACUUUCUUGUUGUAGUACCCUUUAUUUAACGUUCCAGUACAAGGACACUUGGGUCCAUCAUAUGGACCAGAGUUAUAUUCAUGUGCUCUGAUCACGCAUCGCGUUAUGAUUUUCAUCCUUAUACUCUACUUUAAUUCUGUAACCUCACCGUAAUGCACAAUGGCAUAGUCAGCUUUUCGAAAA